AUGGUGGGCGUCGCUGGUGAUACUGUUUCCCAAGUGGCCACUAAUAAAUUGUCUGUAGAAACUGUGACACAAAUAGCUAUAGAAGGGUUGGAUAUUGCUGGAGUUGAUAAAAAUAUCAUUAAUUUUGCUAAACAACUUCCAGAGUGGAUAAAAGAUGCUCAAACAUUGCUCAAUAGUGAUCUAGAACAAAUGCUGAGACAAGGCAUAUCAGUCAGUGUUGAUCGAUUCAUGGGCUUAUUUAAUGAAAAAUCAUUGUUUAACGGCAAAGAAAAAGAAAUGUUCGAUCUUUUACAUCAUCGCAUACCUGUUGUCCAACAUUCAACCACCGGCAAUAACCAAGACAUUCUUUUACAUGCACUUAAUAUUAUGAAUAAAAAUAUUAAUAAACUUCCACUCAUCGAUAUAUUUGGCAUAGUUCUACAAAAUGCUCUUGAACGUGUUAUUAAACUUGAACAAACCGAAAUUCGUGAUUGUUUUACAACAACGAUUAAACAACUCAACUCAACUGGAGGCUUCGACAAUCAAACGUAUAAACUCAUUACCAAUAUUCUACAGUCGUCGUCUGAUAAAUUUUCUAUUUUUGAAAAGACCAAACAUCAAUUGAAUGCUAAUGUUUGUCAAUUGCUUGGGCCAGUUAUUGAACGUGAGAACCAAUUUAAGAAUGAUAUUGAUCGUUUAACUAACAAUCAUCAAGCAAUCGAAGAUUAUCGUCAAGCUUUCAAUACUGUUAAUGCUACUUUUUGUACAGCUUCAACACAACGAUCUCGGCUGCAAACGAUCAUUGAGCAGCAAUCGAAUUCAGGUGGUAGAUUAUUGAAAAGAGCAAUGAACGACUUUAUAAGUGCAGUAAGCAAGCAAGAACAUGGAAUAACAAAUACGAAAGCAAUGAAGUUACUUAAAGAGUAUCUCGACCAAAAUGUCAUACGACCUCAUCUAGAAAAUGAAUGUGAACAACAAAUGGAUGAAAUGAAUACCAAACUUGCCGAUAAUUUUGCCGAAUCAUUCAUUUAUGUACAAAAACAACAAGGAAAAUUUCAACAGCAAUGA